CCGAGAACCAGCCUCGUGUGAAUGUCUUGAGGAUCAUUUGCCAACUGGCAAAAUCACCUGGCGGCGCCAUCAUUCCUUUGCCAGCUCAACAUAGCCACGAUCAGGACGUGAAUAGGCUUAUCACCUAUCGAACUACUACGGUGGUGUCUACCGACGGAGUCAUGAAGCUGCCUGUUCGCACCGACCACCGACGGUGAAACUGCUUGCAUAAAUACAUCAUCCUCGCCCUCGCUUGAUCCAAGGUCGAUCAAGAGGUUGGCGACAAAAAUGAGUUUCCUCGAUUCUGUCCUCUCGUCCAUCGAGACGGGCAAACCGAAACCGAUUCCUACAUCCUCUCCCGUGCCAACUCCUUCUAUCCCAUCAUCAAACUCGAAACCAGACACUCGUAAACCAACACCAACGGGUCGUCCUGCCACUAUCGAGCGAAAGAAUGGGGUCGCAGCGGGGACAAAACGAAAAGCCGAGGAGCCGCUGCCACGGACUCAGAAGCCUGGGGCACAAAUCCCCUCCAGACCAGCGCCCGGAAAGUCCACAAAUACCCCAGCGCUCUCCAACCAGCGCCCAACUACCAUGGCAAAACCCGUAAAGUCCACAGCAAGCGGUAAUGUAGCAACUGCCAGGAAGACGCCACCAGUCUCAUCAAAGCCUCCACCAAAAGGUUCCUAUGCGGAAAUAAUGGCAAAAGCAAAGGCUGCGCAACAGAAUGCCCCCACUCAGGUUGGGAUGUUCAAACAUCAAUCAGUGCCUAAGGAAAAGCUGAGCAAAAUGGAGCGCAAGAAACGGUUGAUGGAGGCACAGGCAAAGGAGAAAGACGCCAAACAGACAAAGCGGGGGGGCUCUUCUUCCGCCACAUCUGCAGCUAGCAAAUUUGGGAAUCUAAAGCCUGGCAACAAACAAGAAACAGAAGAGCCCACCUACAAGGGCACUGCAAGGCCGCCGCCUUCCCAGCCAGAAUACCGUGGCACUGCUAAUCUUCCGAGCCGACAUGGCGAUCGCCGUGGUCAGUUCCGGGCAAAUAAACGACCACGAGCAGACGAAUAUCUUGGAACAGAUGAAGAAGACGAGGGUGACUACGCGGAUGACUAUGACGACUACUACUCAGAAUCUUCCGACAUGGAGGCAGGUAUAGAUGAUGUGGAGCAGGAGGAAGCACGAGCGCUGGCUGCAGCCAGGCGUGAGGAUGAAGCAGACAUGCUUGCGGAGGCUGCGGCUAAGAAGGAGAAGAUGGAGCGCCGCAAGAAGCUCGCUUCGUUGGCGUCUAAGAGACACUAGCUGCAAGUAUCUUCGCCCUUACCAACUACGUAUUUCAACUUUUUCAUUUCUUAUCUUAUCGGUUAUCAUUCGACUGUUCAAUUUAGAACCGGAGCAUCAGCAUGGAAUACCCGGGGGUGCAUUGCAGAAGUGGCUUUGUUUAUUGCACUAUGAUAUGCCUCUCACCUUCUUAAGUUACUUUAUCCGUCUUGGUUUAUUUCUUGUUAACAUAUUAUUUUCAAGCAUCAGCGAGCGUCAAGGUAUUGGUAGAUGGGAACAACACUGUUCUCCCCGCCAAUUUUCUGUUUUGCAUUAUGGCUGAUACGCAGGCGUCAUUGUUCAUAUUACUUAGGUAGAUCCGAUGUAGAUUCUCAUAUUUAUGACCAUUCUUCGGGAGUCUAGUACUUUAGUUCUCCUUCAUUUCUAUCCAACAAAAUCCCCG